ACAAAAUAUGACUGGGUGUGCCAAAGGGAUAGCACGCCACAACCCGCAACCAACCAAAGCUUUACUUGAAAAUAAUGAGCCGAAAUGAACAUCAGAAGAGAAAGAAGAAUGGUUGGAAGAAGGAGAAAAAACGAAAUAGUGGUGGGCUUGGCGGUGGUCUUCAUUCUAGGUACCGCCGUUUACUUCCGACUUUGGAGCAUUGAUUACUCCGCUUCUUCCUUCGACGCUGACUUCUUAAGACGACAGUUCGACUUGGCUAACAGGGAAGCGUUAGAUGAAUCAGCAGAGUGGAGGUCGAGAUAUGAUGAGGAAGCAGUGAAGACUGCCCAAUGUUUGAGUGAACUCAAACAGUUCAAGGAAUCUUCUAAGAAGGAUGAUCAUGACACUGGUAACAUCAACCAGAAAUUGGAAUUGCUACAGAAGGAAAACAUGGCAUUACUUGAACGAGUUGAAGCUUUAAAACAAGAACUUGAGACCGAGAAGCUGAAAUGCAUCAAACACUAGAUUAGCAGCAGAUCAAGUGUCAAAGAAUUCUUGUUUUUCUGAGAAUCAACUAAUUUUCAACUACCGAGUGCUUUCCUAUCGAGCAGGCUUUGUGGCUUCAUGUCAGUUUGCUUUUUGAGGAGAUGCUUGUGAAGAAACUAGGAGACUUUCAAAGAAAGACGUUGCCUUUAAAUUUUACUUCUGGGAGUAUACACAGAAUGUUUUUAGUUUUUUUUUUUCCUUCUAUUCAUUUUUAGUUAAAUGAGGUGUCUAUAAGUCAGUACAGGAUCAUUUGGUCUUUCAAUUUAGUCUCUGUUUCUUGCUAACUAGUGUAAAUUGUGAUACAUAUAUUUAAUCCGAGGAAAAAGUUGUUUUGUUCAUUUCUUA